AUGGUACGUAAAAAGAUUGAUAAUCGGAUACGUGUAUUAAUAGAAAAUGGCGUUGUUACGGGACACAGAACAAUGUUUAUUGUUGUCGGAAAAAAAGCACGAGAUCAGGUUGUCUUACUACAUCACAUGUUAUCAAAAUCAGUUAUAAAAGCAAGACCUUCUGUAUUAUGGUGUUAUAAAAAAGAAUUAGGAUUCAGUAGUCACAGAAAGAAACGUAUGAAGAGUAUACAGAAAAAAGUGAAAUCUGGUAAACUUGACGUUAAAGAGGAUGAUCCAUUUGAAUUGUUCAUUGUUUCAACUAAUAUACGUUAUUGUUAUUAUAAUGAAACUCAUAAGAUCUUAGGUAACACAUAUGGAAUGUGUGUUUUACAAGAUUUUGAAGCAUUGACUCCUAAUUUAUUAGCAAGAACAAUAGAAACUGUUGAAGGAUCUGGUAUUAUAGUAUUUCUUUUACAAUCUGUUACUUCAUUGAAACAAUUGUAUACCAUAAACAUGGAUGUUCAUCAACGAUUUCGUACAGAAGCACAUCAGGAUGUUGUUUGCCGUUUCAAUGAAAGGUUUUUGUUAUCCCUUGCAUCGUGUAAUCGAUGUUUAGUAGUCGACGAUCAAUUAAAUGUUUUACCAAUAUCUUCUCACAAUUUAAAAAUAGAGCCCAUUCAAAAAGCACCCUCUUCUGAAACACAGACCGAUUUGGAUGUAUUGAAAGAAAGUUUAAGAGAUACACAACCCAUUUCUGCGCUUAUUAAUUGCUGUAGGACCAUCGAUCAAGGAAAAGCACUGUUAAAAUUCAUUGAAUGUAUAUCUGAAAAAACUUUGAGAUCAACUGUAUCAUUGACUGCUGCAAGAGGACGUGGAAAAUCUGCAGCUUUGGGAUUAGCAAUAGCUGGUGCUAUUUCAUUUGGUUAUUCCAAUAUUUACAUAUCUAGUCCUAGUCCUGAAAAUUUAAACACACUUUUUGAAUUUAUUUUCAAAGGAUUUGAUGCUUUAGGAUAUCAAGAACAUCUUGAUUAUGGUUUAGUUCAAUCCACGAAUCCUGAAUUUAAUAAAGCUACAGUAAGAGUAAAUGUUUUCAAAGAUCACCGACAAACUAUUCAGUAUAUACAUCCAACUGAUACACACAAAUUAAAUCAAGCAGAAUUAUUAGUAAUCGAUGAAGCAGCAGCUAUUCCUCUGCCAUACGUUAAAGCUAUGUUAGGCCCAUAUUUAAUAUUUCUUGCAUCAACUAUAAAUGGUUACGAAGGAACAGGACGUUCUUUGUCAUUAAAAUUACUUCAGCAGUUGAGAACACAAAAUGUUGGUUCUAAUAGUCAUGGAAAAAAUGGUAAUGAAAAUGAAAAAACUUUAAUAGGAAGACAAUUACACGAGAUGACUUUAGAAGAAUCUAUUCGUUAUAAACCUGGUGAUCCUGUUGAACAAUGGUUAACAGAUUUACUUUGUUUAAAUGUGACUACAUAUUCACCAGUUCUUUCUGGAUGUCCACCACCAGAUACAUGUGAAUUGUAUUACAUUAAUAGGGAUACGUUGUUCUCUUAUCACAAAGCUUCCGAAUUGUUUCUUCAAAGAUUGGUUGCUUUAUACGUUGCUUCACAUUAUAAGAAUAGUCCAAAUGAUUUGCAAAUGAUGUCUGAUGCACCAGCUCAUCAUUUGUUUUGUCUGUUAGGUCCACUUGUUUCAAAUAAAGCAUUACCUGAAAUAUUAGCUGUUAUACAGGUUUGUUUAGAAGGUGAAGUUAGCAAAGCUACCAUAGCCGAUGGUUUAGGUCGUGGUCGAAGAGCUGCAGGUGAUUUAAUACCAUGGACAAUCAGUCAACAAUAUCAAGAUCAAGAUUUUCCAACUUUAGCAGGUGCUCGUAUUGUUCGCAUAGCUACUCAUCCUGAUUAUCAAGGAAUGGGUUACGGUACUCGAGCAUUGGAACUUUUAAAACAUUAUUAUGAAAUGAAUAUUUUUGAUGUCAACGAAGAAGUUGAAAAAACUGAAGCAAAACAAACUGAAAUUGAUGCGGUUAAUGACGAACAAGUUGGAUUAUUAGAAGAGACUAUUGAACCACGUGCAUCUCUUCCACCUCUUCUUUUAAAAUUGUCUGAAAGAAGACCAGAAAAAUUAGAUUACAUUGGCGUAUCUUAUGGUAUCACUGAACAACUUUUAAGAUUUUGGAAAAGAUCUUCAUUCGUUCCUGUUUAUAUAAGACAAACUGCUAACGAUAUAACUGGAGAAAAUUCUUGUAUAAUGUUAUAUAAAAUCAAAUCAAAUGAAGAAGAAGGGACUAAUAACAAUUGGUUGAACGCAUAUUGGAAAGAUUUUCGUCGUCGAUUUAUAUCACUACUUUCUUUUCCAUUUAACACUUAUCCAGCAUGUUUAUCUUUGAGUAUUUUAAAUAACAAAUCUGUUCCUGUUGAAUUUAAUUCUUUAUCGAAAGAAAUGUUAGACGCAUAUUUCACAUCUUACGAUUUAAAACGAUUAGACAUGUAUAGCAACAAUAUGGCGGACUAUCAUUUAAUAAUGGAUUUAUUACCAUCUUUGGCACGUUUAUAUUUCUUAAAUAUGAUGACAGAUUUAAAUUUUUCUCCAGUACAAUUGGUAAUUUUAUUAGGAUUAGGAUUGCAACAUAAAACAGUUGACAAAUUAGCCGAAGAAUUAAAGUUACAAUCGUCACAAUUACUCGGUUUAUUUAAUCGUAUUAUUAGAAAAUCUAUACAAUAUUUAAAUUCGAUUGCUGAACAAUAUAUUGAAACUGUGAUAAUGGAUAAAAAUAUGACAAGUGAUAAUGUACAAUUGAAUCCAUUAAGGGGACAAAGUUUACACGAUGAAUUAGAAACUGCAGCUAAGGAAUUAAGAAGAAAACAGGAAGCUGAGUUUGAGAAAUUAAGAUUAGAAAAUUUAGAUCCAUACAUAAUAAAAGGAAGUGAAGCUGAUUGGAAUAAUGCCGGUAGAUGGUGA